AUGGCUUCCAAUGAACUUCCCCGCAUCCGAGCAUGUCUCUUUGACAUGGAUGGUUUGUUGAUUGACUCGGAGGAUCUGUACACUGUGAUCACGAACGAAAUUCUCCAGAAGUAUGGCAGACCUCUGCUCCCCUGGUCAAUUAAGGCGCAGAUGCAAGGUCGUCCACAGCCAGAGGCCGGCAAGAUCUUCCACGAUUUUGCCCAGCUGCCAAUCAGCGAUGAGCAAUUGAACAAAGAGCGAUUCGAACUACAGCAAAAAUACUUCCCACGCUCGCAGGCACUUCCCGGCGUGCCAACCCUACUCUCAAACCUCAAGUCCACAGGGUCAACUGACGAGCCCGUGUACAUCGCGCUGGCCACCUCGUCGCACCGCACCAACUACAAAUUGAAGACGGAUCACUUGACAGAGCUUUUCUCUGUAUUCCCCGAAGCAAAUAAGGUCCUCGGCGACGACCCACGGAUCGGAAAGGGACGAGGCAAGCCUCUUCCGGAUAUCUACCUGCUUGCGCUGGAGACCAUAAAUGUGGAUCUGCGCGCCAAGGGAAAGAUGGAGAUCAAGCCCGAGGAGUGUCUUGUCUUUGAAGACGCAGUUCCCGGCGUCGAAGCCGGUCGUCGUGCCGGUAUGCAAGUCGCCUGGGUCCCACACCCCGGUCUCCUGGGUGCCUUCAAGGGCCGGGAGGAAGAGGUGCUUGCUGGAGCUACCGGCUCGCAUAAGGAAGAUGAGAAGGCCGAUGCUGAGAAGGAGGCUGAGGAACUCCAGGCUUGGCGUGUGAAGGGUGCCGGACAGCCCGGCAAGAUUGGUGACGGAUUUGGUCAGAUCUAUUCCACUUUGGAAGACUUCCCGUACGAGAAAUAUGGCAUUCGGAUUCCUUAA